GCAUGUGUGAAUAUGUAAUACAUGCGUGUCAGUUGCGUCAAUAAUGUUCAGUCUUCAUUCGGAUAAUACCUGCGUCUGAACUUUGUGAAGGCCCUCAAGAUCUAAUCUAAGAAGUCUGACACAGGAUAAAGGAAUCUGCUUGAAUCUCACUGCCGAGGAACGCACUUAACCAGGACUUGUAGUGGCUCGUCCAUUAAAAAUCACACCUCGUGGUAAUAGCUGACCAGCUGAACCAUGCCAUCUGGCGGAUCUCGCGGUUGUCCGCCUGUGUUGGUCUCUGAGAGAUCUCGCCAGUGUACCACGUUUGUGCUGAUCUUAAUCAGCCUGCUGCUGUGUCAGAUGGGCCUGGCACUGCUCGGUCUUAGCUUCUACGUGCGGCCGUAUCUGCAGCAGCACCACAUUGUGACCGGCCAGAGUGUCGAUUCGGAUCUAUUCCCGUACGGCCUCAUUGCCGCCAGUGUUGCCACGCUCGUGUCGAGCUGCAUGUCUGUGAUGUCUGGAGUGUCUGCCAGACAGCGACGUCGGUCAGGCAGGAGGGUAGCAGUCAAGUUCGGCUACGCUUACCUGCUGAUAGAGUUCAUUACCGUCAUCUACUUGCUCUCCCUCGGCAUCGUGUUCCUUCUUCAGGUAGACGUGUUCGAGGAGGCGUACCAGCGGGGCUUCACCCGCGUCAUGUGGGAGUACAUGCAGGUCCAGGUGAAGAAGGAGUACGUGGACAGGGUGCAGCAGGACUUUGCGUGCUGCGGCAGCCAGGGCUACUCAGACUGGUUCGUAGUGGACUGGUACCCCCGUCAGCUGUACCAGCAGCGCUAUAAGGUCGCUGCCAACCAGAGAAACCAGAUGGCCAAAAAGGUAUUUCUGGCCAAGGACAAGUACCCAAACUCGAGUGCUCUCAUCGAGUCGUUUUCGAUUGGAGCUUACGGAACAGAAGCUCAUUAUCUGCAGGUGGUCAUGGCGAUGGACUACGAGUUCAAGAGCGGCGAGUUCCUGGCUGCCUUGCUGCACGUCAAGUCGGAGGUGGCGUUCGCCGAAGUGCCGCACAGCUGCUGCAAUCCCACGGCGGCCACCUGGUGCCACCAGAUGUACGCCACCUUCCCCUGGUACAACUACGAGCCGGCCAAGCGCCUGGGUGUCCACCACGUCGGCUGCACGUAUAAGGUGAAGGCUUUUCUUUCGUCGACAGUAGCGAUGCUGGUUGCUGUACUAUUUUGCACGAUGGGCGUUAAAUGCAUCCUGAUGCUUUUAUACCGGUACGUGCAGACGUCGAUGGCCAAUGCUCUAGAGGCAGGACGCCAUCUGUCGCCGGCCCUUGGCUAUCUCAUGCCGUUGCCUGGUGCCGGUGGCGACACUUAUGCUGACGAAGAUAGCGCCCCUGGCGGCGACAGUGAGCAGCAACCACUCCUGUCGAGCGACGACGGCAGCGAGACUGAGACAGCUGGAACCACUGACGAUGACGAGACUGAAGAAACAGAAGAUCAGUGAGAGGAAUAGCAGCCGAUAAGCUCACAGACGAUGUUGCAAAAGCCCUUGACAGUGCCCGCGGCCCGCGGCGUGAAAGCCAAGCUGGGCAAGCUUAAAGCAAGCCAAGCCAAAAGCGAGGCCAAGCAAAGCAAAGCCAGUCUUCGUCUUAUACGCCAGACAUUGAUGUUAUUAUCUCCCAGAGUGUUUUGAAAUGCAUCACGUUUUAAGUUUGUCAAGAUUUUUACCGAAACCGGAGAGACAGUAAAACAUCCUUCCACAAGCAUCGAUAUGUGUUUCAUUGCAGUAUGCAAUGUAGUGUUACGGUAAAAGACUUGAUGGUGUACUAACUCGCAAGACCCAUCAGCCCAUCAGAAGACAUUUAGCGGUCCGCACAAGUAAAACGCGCAAACUGUUGCUGGCCAUUGGUCAGAUGGACACAUCUUUAUAAUGCUCGGUUGCGUCGCGGAAAUACGACGUCACAAGCAAUGGCUUGCUCGUCAACCC